AAAGUAUAAGACCGACCGUCGGCACACAUUUUCCACACGAUUCUGUUCUUUUCUUGUGUAAUAAACGGAUGCGGUGUCAACUCGUAAAAAUGCAAUACCACCAAUACAAAACGCAUAAACUUUGAUAUCGCCCAAAUAUUCGGAUGUGGUACGAAUUCGGACAGUAGCGUGUAACGCUGCCGACUUGUUUGGUCAAAUUCUAAAGUUCCUCCGUCGGCCUUUUGAGAGUAUCCCGCGCAAUCCCAUACCUGGGCAUGAUUACAACGCGCCAGUGCGACAUUUGAAUUGCAGAGCGCAAGACGCGGACAGUCAGGAUUCCCAGGAUCAGGGAACCAGGACACCAGAAAUCCCAAAGGAAUCGCAGGAGUUGCGAUUUCCACCAAGCCUAACCUAAAAAGGCACGUGCAGCGCGCGUAGAAGAGUUUUCUGCGUGCCACCACAGCCAAUCGGCUCCUCUCCAAAAAACCAAACAAAAAAGUAAAAUUCCCGAAGACGAAACCAUGGCCACCCUCCUCAGCAACGGACAACAGCAGUCGGUGAUGGCCAACAGUAAUGGUCAGGACCAGCAGAAGGACGAACCGGAGCAACAGCAGCAGCAGGUCGAGAUCAGGAAGUCCACCUCACCAAAACCAGGCGCCAUGCCCAGCUUAAAGCUCAACAGGAUGGGCUCGGUGUCACCGAAAGACAAACGUGUCUAUAAAAUCGUCCUAACUGGCGGGCCCUGUGGCGGCAAGACGACAGGCCAGUCCCGUUUGUGCACCUUCUUUGAGAACCUUGGAUGGAAGGUAUUCCGCGUGCCUGAAACGGCCACUGUUUUACUCAGUGGCGGCGUGAAGUUCUCCGAUCUGACCGAGAAAGAGGACCCGCCCACGCCAACCACGUUCGUUUACAAAGAUCUGCCCUUCGCCGCUCCGGAGCACAGUCUCAUCGACCUAACCGCAUCCUGUCCGCGCUGCUUGGCCAAGGCUGCAUCCCGGCCCAAUGGCAGCGAAGCCUAUAAGUUCCAAGAGAAUCUGAUCCGCACCAUGGUGCAAAUCGAGAACACCUACUUUGAGCUCGGCAACUCGAGCACCCGCAACUGCCUGAUAAUCUGCGAUCGCGGUGUUAUGGAUGCCAGUGCAUACAUAUCAAAAGAUAAAUGGGAGAAAAUGAUGGCUGGAAACAAAUGGAAUCCUGUGGAGAUGCGUGACAAUCGCUAUAACCAGAUCCUGCACUUGGUCUCUGCGGCCAACGGGGCUGAGGAUUUUUACUCCACAGAGAACAGAAAGCGCCACUAUCAGGAUCACGCCUGUCGCUCGGAAGGCGUUGACUUAGCCAGGGAACUGGACUACAAAUCGGCGGCUGCUUGGGUCGGCCAUCCUUACUUCGAUGUGAUUGACAAUUCCACUAACUUCGAGGCCAAGAUGAAUCGCAUGAUUGAGUCAGUGUGCCAGAAAGUCGGUAUCGAUAUUGGCGACCGUUUGCAAGCCACCUCUCGCAAGCUCAAAUAUUUGGUUGCCUUUCUGCCGCCAGACAGCGAGUUUCCACCCUUUCAGGACUUCGAUGUGGUGCACCACUAUCUGCAAUCUGCCGGACCCAAGGUGCAGGCCCGCCUUCGCAAGCGUGGCCAGAAAAGCCACUGGAGCUACAUCCAUACACAGAGGCGUCCAAACGUUCACGGUCAGGCCCGCAUCGAGGUGAAGACCCAGCUGACGCAUCGCGACUACAUGAACCUGCUGGCCCAGCGUGACGAUGCUCACUUUACCAUCUAUAAGAAGCGCCGCUGUUUUCUUAUCAACAACCAAUAUUUCCAGCUGGAUAUUUACAAGGAGCCAGGACACCCACGCUGCAAGGGAUUGGUGCUAUUGGAGACGUAUUCAUCGCUCACCGGCGAAGCCCUUAAGAACUGCAUGCCCAAGUUCCUGAAUAUUGUUAAGGAGGUGACCGGCGAUCCGGACUACUCCAUGUUUAAUCUGUCCCUUAAGGAGGACUGGAGCACCACCAAGAAGUUCUGCCGAUCGGCGACGCACGUUAAGGGCACCGCUAAUGGAGUCUCGAGCACGCCGUUGCUCCUCAAUGGUCAGUAGGCUCCUGAACCUGAAUCUCUUUUGCGCACGCAUAUUACACGGCAAAAGCAAGUUAAAAGAAACACCAAUGACCUGGCAACAAAAUGUACAAAAAAAAAAAAAUCAAACUAAAUUGAAACCCGAAAGGAGGUCCUUCCAAGAUGUCUUGGGAGAUCCUGUUUUUGUGACCCCGGCCAAUAUACUAGAAAAAAAACACUUAAGCCCCACACACCCUGUUACUUAUUUGCGUACUUAGCCCCUGGAGGAUGAAGAACCCGUAAACCGUGAGAGGCGUAUGUGUCGAGUCUAUAGUUUGUAGUGCAACAGCAACCGAAACCGGAGGUCGAGGGCCCCCACCCGUACUUAAUUUUCUUGUCAUGUUUGCUCGUGUUUAAUUUUGUAAGCCAUAACACUAGAAAACUACUAUGUAAAUCCAUGAAUCCGCGAUAUCAUGUGACGUUUUUGUGUCUUUUGGAAAAUAUGUGAACCGAUAAUUUUAACUUUAACUCUAAGCUAAAUUAAAAUAAGAUUACAACUACAAGACCACCAACAAAACAGAGUUUUAACUUUCUUAA